GUACAACUCGGAAAAUAAAAAUUUUCUCGAGAAAACCCUACUCCUACUCUUCCCCCAAUCAACCACCUUUCACUCUUCUUUACUCUCUUCACUCUCUUCACUCUCUUCUUCCUUGUUGCCGCUCUACUAUCCUUCCCAAAUCCACCAUCUGAUUCUCGUUCUUAAUCCAUUUCUUCCAUUUGGGUAACUUUUUCUCUUCUUGAUUUUUCUUGACAGCUUUCCAUUUUCUAAUAUGAUCAUUUUGUUGCUUCCAUUAGGCCUCAAUCUCCUUCGUUUUGUUGAACUUGUGCUGGAGGGUCGUUCAAGUCACAAGCAAAAAACCAGCACAUGUUUCUAGAUGACUAAAAGAAUGGAAUCGUAUGGUCUGCUAGGCCAAAAAAGGGAUGUAAAGCACAAAGGAAGGAAUGUUGUUUGGUCAGUUGCAAUGGACAAGUGCCUUAUUGAAGCUCUUGCUAUUCAGGCAAGAAAUGGGAAUAAAAUUGACAGAUGCUUUAAUGAAAAUGCAUAUACAGCUGCAUGUAUUGCUGUAAAUAGUCAUUUUAACUUAAACUUGAACAACCAGAAAGUUAUCAAUCGUCUAAAGACGAUUAAGAAGAGGUACAAAGUAAUCAAGGAUAUUCUUUGUCGAGACGGAUUUCGGUGGAAUCCGACUUCUAAGAUGAUUGAGUGUGACAGCGAAGACCUUUGGAAGAGAUAUGUGGCAGCACACCCCGAUGCGAGAGGAAUCAGAGGGAAGCCAAUAGAGAUGUAUGAUGAACUAAACAUUGUUUGUGGCAAUUAUCAGGCCCCGAGUCAAUGGGCGAAGAUGAAGGACGGAAACCAUGCACUUCAAGUCAGGAAUUUUGAGGAAGAGUCUGCAUCAUUUCACUCCCCAAGCUCGGAAGAUCUUAGUGAAACAGAUAAUACAGAGUCAUAUACUGGACCGUGUGAAUAUGCAGAACUGCCCAAUGGUAGUCAAGACCCUCUACCAAACAACCCGACGAGACAACAACCGAAGAGACCACGGGCAUCUGAAGCUCUCCAAGAUGCAAUGCUGGCCGUGGCGUCUAGUAUUCGUCGUCUGGCCGAUGCAAUGGAACUGAGCAAGCACUCAAUAGAUGCCAAUGAACUGUUAGAAGCUGUAAUGGAGGUUGAUGGUUUGGAGGAGGCUAAACAAAUGUAUGCCUUCGAAUAUUUGAACGCCGAUCCGGUGAAAGCCCGAGCGUUCUUGACAUAUAAUGCUCGAAUGAGGAAGAUUUAUUUGUUUCGCCAGUUUUGGUGGUGGAAGUAAUGAUCAGCGAUUGUUUGAUUCCUGUGUACUACGUGAGAUAGAUUAAAUUGAACUUGUUUUUAUCAUUAUUUGCACAUUAUUGGAAUCAUUUCUGAUUGGUACUAUGAAUAUAAAUGUAUAGAUAAUUCAAUUGAAGAGAUACUGACAUUGCAGAAGUUUUUAGUGCUUCUAGUUGUAAACUCAAAUCCUUUUCUUUUGAUA